AUGUUUGCCCUGAAGGACGUGCCUCGCAGCGCCUACUACAUCGGCACCAAGGUCGGCCGCUACGAACCUUGCGUGGAGCGCAUGUUCGACUUCUCCGGCGAUCGCGUUGCCCGCAGCGUCGACCAGAGCCUCAAGCUCCUCGGCCUCGACUAUGUUGACGUCAUCCAGAUUCAUGAUCUUGAGUUUGCCGAGAGUGUGGACUUGAUAGUGAAUGAGACCCUGCCGGCGCUGCAGAAGGUGGUGGAACAAGGCAAAGCGAGGCACAUCGGAAUCACAGGCUAUCCUCUGAGCCUACUGAAGGAGGUGGUGGAGAGAUCCAGCGUUAAGAUCGAGGUCGUGCUGUCAUACGCGCGCAACACGCUCAUCGAUGACGUCUUGAAGGAAUAUAUGCCCUUCUUCCAGUCCCGGAACAUCGGAGUAAUCAGCGCCUGCGCAGUGGGCAUGGGUCUCCUGUGCGAGGGCGAGCCUCCCGAAUGGCACCCCGCCCAGCAGGAGAUCAAGGACGCUUCGAAACUCGCCGCCAAAUUCUGCAAGGACGCGGGCAGCGACUUGGCUCGUCUGGCCGUGCAGUUCUCGGCCAGCACGGAGGGCGUGGCCACACACCUCAUGGGCUGCAACGACAGUCGCAUCUUCAGACGUAACCUGGAGUCUAUCCUCACUCCUCCUACAGCUCAUGAGAUCGCGCUCUCCCAACAAGUGCGAGAAAAGUUCUUCCAAAAGUUGUCGAGGCGAGAGUGGGAAGGCGAUAGCGUAGUCGAGUACUGGGAGGAACUGAAGAAAUUACAAACGGGAAAAAGCUAAGAGACGCAGUUAAGAGAAGGAAGGAAGAGAGAAACGGAGCGGAGAGAAAAGGACAGAUUUUUAGUGUGAUUAUGAUAAUGAUGAUAAUAAUGAUUAUAAUGACAUUAAAAGUAAUAAUGUUGAUAUUAU